AAAAUAAGAAUAAGAAAAUUGCAACUCUAAAAAGUGGAGAAAAGAUGGAGAUUGAAUUCUACAACAAUCGUGCAGUGGGAAAAAAUCAUAGCUAUUGGUCGAGACACUUGGGGAAAAUCGUGCGUGACAAGCAUAUUUGCCCUAUACAAGUGAAAACAUGGAAGGACUUGACUGAAUUAGACAAGCAACACAUGUGGGAUGCGGUGAAGAAAACCAGUAAUCAGAAUUCAACGAAUCGGGUAAAUGGAGUAAUGCCUCAUCGAACUGGAAGCAAGCCACACAGACAACUAAUAUAUGACAUGGGAGGCAAGGAUAAUAAUCCACCUGACAUUGCAAAAAUUUUCUAUGAGACUCGACAUAAAAAUGGAAAGUUUGUUGAGUCAAAAGCACAAGAAAAAUAUGAUGAGAUUGUGAAGACUAUUCAGUCUACUGCAUCACUCUCACAUAUUGAGGUUGUUGAAAAGUGUUUUGGACCACAACGGCAUAGCCAUGUCUUUGGUUUCGGAGGUGGAAUGAAAAGAAAACAUUUUAAUUGUUCACAAGCUACUUAUAUAAAAGAUCUUGAGGCUAAGCUCCAUGAGAAGGAAGAAGAUAAUAAUAACCUUAAGAGACGCAUGGAUGGAAUUGAAAGUAGAUUAGCCAAAAUCGAGAAUGAAAACCAACCAACUUCAGAUGAACCUGCAAUAGAUGGUGAAGAUGAUGCCCUGAUGGAAGUUAAUAGGCUGCCUUAAUCGGAUGACGUGCUCUAAAGAAGAAUUCAAGCAAGGAUCAAUUAAGAAAUUAUAUAGUACAAUUGCAAUAUUUUUAAAUCGGAUAGCGUGCUCUCAAAUA